CACCUUUCUCACAAUAAGCAAGUCAGUCAUUGCUCUCGUUACGCGAUUUACAAGGAUUUCUGAAUAUCCUGGAUCUUAUUUACCACAACUCAUCCUUAUUUAACAUUAGUUAAAUUAUUCACGAACGUCAUGAGGUACCUAGCAGCGCUACUGUCUGCUCUGCUAGUUUUGGUGUCUGCAGAGGAGAAUCAUUACAAUGGUAAAUUCACAUCAUUCUCUGAACUCACGCGGCAUACAAGAGACACAGAAAGUUCAGCAGAUGUAAUGGCAAGGAAUCUUCUAGAAUGGAUUCAAGGCAUUUAUCGACAAGGAGUACGUAGAACGAGACAAGAGAGUAAUGGAUAUUUACCACCGUUCGGAGGUCGAGGGCCAUUGGAAAGACCAAGACCUUUUCAACCAGCUUCAACACCAGCCCAAUCUCCAUCUCCAAGUCUUAAUGAAGUAACCAACUAUCAACCAUCUAGUCCUACUUAUGGUACUACUCCAAGGCCAACUUACAUUCCUCAAAGUCCCACACCCAAUUUCGGUAGUACGACGACUCCGAGACCUUUUACUGGAACUUUUAGUUCAUCUAAUUUUCCUGGAUCAUCCACAACAUAUGUUCCACCUUCAGCAACUUAUGGAUAUCCAUCUGGCCAGUCUAGACCAUCUUCAGGACAGCCAACUUACGGAGGUUAUCCAACACCACCAUCACCGACACCCGGCUUUCCAACACCAUCUCCCACUUUUCAAACACCUACUGGUGGAUAUCCAUCAUCUGGAGGAUAUCCAUCUUCUGGAGGAUAUCCAUCUUCUGGAGGAUAUCCGUCAUCACCCACAAAUUCCUAUGGAUAUCCUUCCCAAACUCCAACUCCCGGCUUUCCCACUCCAACAGGUCGUCCUUCAACUCCUGGAGGAUCUGCUUCCGGUGGAGGUCCAACAACUGGUGGAACUUUAGGAGGACGUCCAACAGCUGGUGGCACUCCAGGAGGACGUCCAACAGCUGGUGGCACUCCAGGAGGACGUCCAACAACUGGUGGUACACCAGGAGGACGUCCAACAACUGGUGGUACACCAGGAGGAGGUCCAACAACUGGCGGUCCUACUGGACCAACAGGACCAUCAGGACCUACUGGAGGUGGUAAUACGGGAACAACUGCACCUGGUAGUGGUCCAGGAGGUGAUACUACAGCUGAUGAUGACCUUAAACAUCCUCCUCAUAUUCAUGAACUGCAAGUCCAAUGUAGUAAAACAAUGAUGACUAUUGAUAUCGAAUUUAAUCGACCAUUCGAUGGUGUUAUUUACUCUAAGGGCUUCUAUAUGAUGCCAGAAUGUAGAUACGUUAAUGAAAACUCUGGUCAAACUAAAUAUUCAUUCACAGUGAGUUUAGACUCUUGUGGAACUGAAUUUAUCAAUGAUUUUGAAGGAGAAGCAGGUCAGGCUUACUUAGAAAAUGUUUUAGUACUUCAAAACGAGCCUGGAAUUCAGGAAGUAUGGGAUACAGUCAGAAGAGUUAGGUGCCUUUGGGAAGGAAAUAUUAAAAAACCUCUAACAGUGAGCCUGUCAGUAGAUAUGUUGAAUCAAGAAAUUGUAACAUUCAGUGGUGACACUGCCACAGCCAAACUUGAUAUUCAAGUAGGAAAAGGUCCAUUUGCUCCAGCUGCUACAGGUCUUGUUAAAAUUGGAGAGCCAAUGACUCUUGUUGUGUCUGUUGAAGGUGACCCUGGGUUCGAUCUUCAAGUUCGAGAUUGUAUUGCUCGAGAUGAAUCAUCUACGAAUGUCGUUCAACUUACUGAUGAACGUGGAUGUAUCUUGAAGCCUAAGCUCUUCGGUGCUUUCCAGAAAACAAAUGACACUGGAAACACUGGUGCUUCAAUAAUAGCUUACGCUUUCUUCCAGGCUUUCAAAUUUCCUGAUGUGAUGGAUCUUUUCAUUGAAUGCAAUGUAGAGCUCUGUAAGACGAAUUGUGAAGCUUGUCCUGAUGAAAAUCAGCAAAUUGAACCUGGUAGGAGAAGAAGAAGAGAAAUAUCGUGGAUACCAAGUAACACAUCUUAUUAUGGUGCUCUAUCAGAACCAGUACGUAUGAAACGUGGUUUCAGAGUAAUAAUGCCAGAUGAUUUGAGUUUAGCAUCCACUCAGUCGCUAGAAAACUUAGAGAAUAAUGCAAUUCAAGAAAUAAGUAUUGUUAAAAAUAUUUGUAUGAGUUAUGAAGGAUUUUACACAUCUUUCACACUAAUGUUAGGUAUUAUUGUUGCCUCUACAAUGAGUGCUGGUACAUUUUAUAUGAAAAUCCAAAGAAUUAAAAGAGACAAAUCUUAUGAUUUACCUAAAGGAACUUAAUACAUAAAACAAUUUUAUAAUAAUUUUUGAUAGAACAAAGAAUUUAUUUACACUUGAUAUUAAUUAAAAUUGUACGAUUUUUAUACUGUGCCUGAGUAACGAGUUAUAGAUAUCUUGAUAGAUAAUUUUUUCUAUUUCAUACAGUAUUUUAUUCUAGUUUGAUGUACAAAAUAACAAAUGAUAUUACAUUACAUAUUAAUUUUAUUUCCAUUAAUUAUUACUGUAUUGAAAGAUAUGAUGAUAUUUCUUAUAGGGGUCAUCAUGAUUAUUUUAAUAUUGAUAACACCCGUAAAUAAUUGGAUAAAAUUUGACAUGCACCUUCAAACUUCUACUAUCAAAAAUUGAAUAUUAUUAUAUAUUAAUUAAUUUUAAUUGGUAACUAAUUAGGAAAAACAAAAAUCA